AUGCGCCUCUCUACCGCAUCGGCCCCUUCUUUUGCGCUUGCGGUCACGCUCUUUCCGCUGCUUGUGCACGGCCAAAGCGACAUCGACAUCGUGCGCCAGCGUCGUUUAUCGAAUAUCGUUGGCUCCUCGACGGGUGCGGCGAAUAUCGCGACCUGGAUUUCGAGUCUCCAGGCUGACGGCACCUGGCCGGACGUCGACUAUACCACCGGCUGUAGCGCGAGCACGAGCAGCUGGCCGGCACAGACGCAUUGGUCGCGGAUCAACACGUUCGCGUCGGCAUUCCAUGGGGGAUUCAAGAAUGCGGCAAACUGGACAGGCGACACCACGCUCCGUGCCGCAGCAUCAAGGGCAAUGAUCUUUUGGUUCAACAAUGACUUCACUACACCUGCGUGUCUUGAUCAGGGCGGCACGGCAGCAUGUCAGUGCGGAACUCCAGGGCUAUGGAAUACCAAUUGGUUCUCAAAUGUCAUUCUUAUCCCGCAAUGGGUCGGACAAGUCUGUCUUUCGCUAAACACACCGCCAUCAUCAUCUACCGGUCUCUCUGCGGCUGAGCUUGCCGGAUGCACGCGCAUGACCUCGCGCGCCUUUAACACACUGCAAACCGGCGUUGUCGGCGUAUCGGCGAUCACCGGCGCAAACCUGCUUGACAUUGCAUCCAUCGGGAUCGACUUCGGCCUGUUCUCGGCUAACGCGAGCGUGAACGCAGUUGCCGCAGACGGGAUCCGGGCCGACGGCGCGUUCGGACAGCAUGCCGGCCUCUUGUAUAACGGGGCAUAUGGAAAGGACUAUGCUGAUGACGUGUUUAACCUCGAGAUUGCCGCUGGCGGGACACAGUUCCAAGCCACCUCUUCCUCAAUGGCUGCGUUUACAGCGUUGUUGACCGCAGAUUGGUGGAUGAUCUUCCGCAACACAGUCACUAACGUACUUCAUUGGGACUAUACAGUUAUUGGAAGGAAUAUCGCACAGCCUGUGUCGGAUAAACAACAAGCCGCUGAUACCGAGCUGAACAUCACGGAAUUCCAGGUUCUUGGCAGUCUGUGGGGCUCGAGCGACAUCACGAGCGUAUUCAACGCGCUUAACACGGGCACCGGGGUUAAUCCCGGCGGCCUCGUCGGAAAUCGGAUGUUCUACACCAACGAUUACAUGGUCCAUCGGGGAAGUAACUACGUGGUGACGCUGAAGAUGUAUGGCAAGCGCACGCAGAAUACGGAAUGCGUGAACAACCAGAACAUGCUGGGCUUUCAUCUCGCGGAUGGGGCCAUGUACACGUAUACCACAGGCAAUGAGUACCAGGAUGUCUUCUCCGCCUGGGACUGGAACCUUAUCCCUGGAAUCACAGUCGAUUAUGGUGCAACUCCGCUGAGCUGCUCGACUGCGCGCAAGUCUGGGAUCCAGCCAUACGUUGGCGGUGUCUCAGAUGGGACAGUGGGCAUGGCGGCGAUGCGGUACGAUAACCCAACGACGCGUGCGAUGACGUGGCGCAAGACAUACUUCUUCCUCCAGGGCGACAUCGUGUUUGUCAUGAUCGCUUUAAUCACAUCAACGACAAGCGCGCCGGUGUAUAGCGUGCUGGACCAACGGGUGCGCGGCGGCGACGUGUUUGUCAACGGAAACACCAUAUCUGCGAGUGCAAAUGUCACAGGCGCAAGUAGCUUGUGGCAUGCCGGGACAGGAUACACCUUCAACGCGACCAAUCCUGCGACCUCGCUGUCGGUCACCCUCGGGCCGAAGACCGGAAACUGGCAGGCGAUCGGGAGCUCGAAAGCGGCACCAAAUACUGUCGACAUGUUCACUGCUUACCUGCCGCAUCACGACAUCAGCCAAUCUGCGACCUAUGCGAUGUACCCCGGCACGACACAGGCGCAGUUCGCCGCGCGGGCCGCUGCGGAGCCAAGCGCUUUACAAGUUGUGCGGAACGACGGGUCGAUCUCGGCACUGAUCGACGUCGCGCAUAAUACUGCUUACAUCGCGUUCUGGACCGCGGCCGGAUCGACGUUCACACUUCCGUCGCAGAAGAGCGGCGUUGCGAGCAUACAGGUCAAGGCGAAUGCGAAUUCGGCGUUGAUUUUGCAUAUGGAUAGUUGGACGGUUUGGGCUGCUGAUCCGACACAGACGAUCACGGCGCCACUGGUACUCAACUUCACGUUAUUGAGCGGGACUGCACCGGCUGGAUGGGGUAGUGUGAAAAGUAGGGUGGUGAAUAUCGCGUUGCCGACGGGCGGGAUGGCGGGGGCAAGUGUCAGUGCGGCCUUGCCUUAG